AUGGCGUCGAUAAACCGUUUACUGUGGCGUGCACAAAAGUUUUCCUUUGCAACUCAGCAACCAAAAUUUCCUACUCAUGCUGAACAUGAAAAUUUAUUUACGUUUAUUCAACCACAACAACAAGAACGGAUAAGCUCCCAGUAUGUUACAAAUACACAUCAAUUUGAAGAUACAAUCUGUCGAUCAGAGCAAGAGAAAAGAUUGUCGAAGAAGUUACGUAUUCUACUUCUAACAAAUGCGCAUAAUUCGAUGUCACAAGCUGUUUAUUUAAUGUUGACCCAAAUGGGACAUAAGGUUAUGAUUGAAAUAGCUUUGUCAUCAUCACAAAUGCAACAGGUUGCAACUGAAUUAAAUCCAGAUUUAAUCAUAUGUCCAUUUUUAACAAAAGUCGUACCUGAAAGUUUGUUUACAAAAAUUAAAACAUUAGUUGUUCAUCCAGGUAUUGUUGGUGAUCGUGGUAUACAUAGCUUAGAUUGGGCAUUACUCGACGAGCAAAAAGAAUGGGGUGUGACAAUUAUGGAAGCUGGCAAGGAGAUGGAUGCAGGUCCAAUUUAUGCAACACAAAAUUUUUCUCUUGCCAAUCUACCACUCUCACAAUUGACUAAAUCAAAAGUCUAUCAUAAUCAAGUUGUACCUGCUGCAUUACAAUCUAUAAAGAGAGCAGUGAAAAAUUUUAUCGAACAAGUUAAACCAACUCCACUUGAUUAUUCUAUUCCUACGGUUAGAGGAAGGUUUAAACCAACAAUGAAACAAUCACAAUGUGCAAUUAAUUGGGAAGAAGAUGAUGCAAGAACAGUUGCACGAAAAAUAUCUUCACGUGAUUCAAAUCCAGGUCUGUUGGAUACUGCACUUUUUGAAAAUGGAAUGUAUUUGUACGGUGCACAUAUUGAAAAGCUACUUAAAAUAUCUCCAAAUACACCAUCGAAACAACUGUUAGGUCAACGUGAUGGUGCCAUAUUGGUUUCAUGUCAAGACGGUAACGGAGAAGCUGUUUGGAUAACACAUACGAAACGUGCUGGAAAGAAUAACUUUAAAUUACCAGCAAUAAAACUAAUAGAUCCUGUCCAGUUAGCUACUCUACCUGUUUUAGCUAUCAACUUUAAUACUAUACCUACAAAUGUAACUUUUAAUGAAAUUUAUUAUGAAAAAAAGAACGAUAUUGUCUUUCUACAUUUCAAUUUUUAUAAUGGUGCAAUGUCAACAACACAAUGUCAACAUCUCUUGCAAGCUCUCUAUGAAAUUGAACAAAUUGACAAUGUUAAGAUCCUUGUACUGUGUGGUGGACGCACUUAUUUUAGUAACGGGAUUCAUCUCAACGUGAUCGAAGCUGCUGAAGAUCAAUACAAUGAAAGUUGGGCCAAUAUCAACGCACUUAACGAUGUCAUUUUGAAAAUUAUGUCAAUGACAAAUAAAAUAACAAUAUCAGCACUACAAGGUAGUGCGGGUGCUGGAGGUGUGAUGAUGUCGUUAGCAGCAGAUUACGUCUAUGCUAACUCGGAAGUAGUUCUCAAUCCACAUUAUCGUACAAUGGGUCUGUAUGGAAGUGAAUAUUGGACUUAUAACUUAUCUCGUCGUAUUGGUUUUGAUAAAGCACGUCAAAUAACAGAAGCUUGUGAACCAUUAUCAGCUCAGAAAGCAGAAGAGAUCCACUUAAUUGAUCGUAUUUUGUGUCAGUCACCAGAUGAAUUGUUAACAAGAGUUGAAAUGAUAGCACAGUCAUUAAAAAUCAAUGCUACAUAUGAUACUUUGAUAAAAAAGAAAAAAGAAGAGCAUGGUCCAUUAUUCUACGAGCAAUUGGCCGCAUGUCGAUCCACUGAACUGGCCAAAAUGUCAGAAAAUUUUCGAAAUUCUUCUUAUAGUCUAGCUCGUCGUUCAUUUGUUCAUAAAAUUCCACCAGUCAUUACACCAUGGCAUCUAAAGAAACUUGGACGUGAAACAGCGAUUCCUAUUAAUGGUAAAGAAAUUGCUAAACAUGUUCAAACAAAUAUUGGUCUGGAGAUUAAAUCUUUACAAACUCGAGCAAUCGAAGCUGGUUUAACACUUCGUUCACCGGGUUUAGCUUGUCUUCUUGUUGGUAGUCGUCGUGACUCAUUAUUGUAUGUUCGAAAGAAAAACAUCCUUGCUUCAAAUCUUGGCUUUCUUACACAGGUAAUAGAAAUUAAAGACAAUCAAACAAAGAGCAUGGAUGAACUAGAAGCAGUUAUUUUACGACAAAUUAAUCAAUGGAAUAAUGAUCCUCUGGUUGAUGGUAUUCUAGUUCAAUUGCCAUUGCCUCAACAGCUCGAUCGUCGACGCAUUCUAGAUGCAAUUUGUUUAGAAAAAGAUGUGGAUGGAUUACAUUCCUUACAGUUAGCUGAUUUAUGCUCAUGUGCAACUUCUCCAUCUUCGCCUACUUCAUUCAUUCCUGGCGCAGUUCGUGGUAUACUUCACUUACUGGAAUUUUAUGAUAUUAAACUACCUGGUAAAGUUGUCUGCGUUGUUGGUGCCUCGAGAACGGUUGGUCUUCCAUUAGCAUUGGCUCUUUCAAGUCUUGGUUGCACCGUCACAAUCUGUACAGUGCAAACAAAUCAUGUACGAGCAAAAGUAGAACGGGCCGACAUUCUGAUAGCCAGUACUGGUGUCGCUAAUUUAGUGAAAGCAGAUUGGAUUAAACCAGGUGCUGUUGUGAUCGAUGCAGGCAUUACUGUAAUGGAAAACAAAGCAACAAAACAAAUAACAAUCUGUGGCGAUGUUGAAAAAACUGAUAAUCUUUGGAAACGUGCAAGUUUAGUUACGCCUGUACCAGGUGGAGUUGGACCAAUGACGGUGGUUAUGCUGUUACAGAACACAUUGGAUGCCUAUAAAGCUCGUCUUACUCAAGAAAUCUUAAAACAGCACAGAAAUAGAUGCACUCUUGUCAAUCACUAA